CCAAGUAGUAGAGCAAUGGGAGAUCUUCAACAGAGAGUUCAUCCGGUUCUUCAAAUGGAAGCCAACAACAAGAAAAUAUCACCAGCUGGGGGAAAGACAGAACAUCUUCCAACACAACGGCCAUUUCCGCCUCCUGCUACGGUCGAAAACAAGAAAGCAUCACCAGCUCGCGAAAAGACACAACAGCUGCUUCCAGUACAACGACCACUUCCACCUCCUCCUUUGAUGGUGCGUAAUAGGAAGCGAAAUCUUUGCUGCAGAAUCUUCUGUUGGGGUUUAAGCCUUCUAGUCAUUGGCUUGAUCGCAUUAGCGGUUGCAAUUACGGUUAUAUAUUUUGUUUUCCAUCCUAAAAUCCCACAAUACGAGGUCAACAGUUUACGAGUUAGCAACCUUGGUAUCAACCUAGACCUCUCUCUUUCCGCCUUGUUCAAAGUCGAGAUCACAGCUCGUAAUCCCAACGAAAAAAUUGGGAUUUAUUACGAGAAAGGAGGCCGUCUCCAAGUGUGGUAUACCAAGACAAAGCUCUGUGAAGGUCCUAUACCCAAGUUUUACCAAGGACAUAGAAAUGUAACUAGACUGAAUGUGGAUCUAGCGGGAAGAGCACAGUUCGGGAACACUGUUCUGUCGGCAUUGCAGCAGCAGCAACAGACAGGACGUGUCCCGUUAGAUCUCAAAGUGGAUGCACCUGUUUCCGUCAAACUGGGGAAAUUGAAGCUGAGGAAGGUCCGAAUAUUGGGGAACUGCAAGCUUGUUGUUGAUAGUUUAUCAACAAACAAUAGAAUUAAUAUAAAAGCCAGUGAUUGCAAGUUUAGGCUUAAACUUUAAGGUGUU